AUGAACGAUCAAAUUUACACAAAAAAUGGGAGCUGCUCUCACGACAGCAGCUACCAAAUCGACGCUGUUCUCGCGACAGCAGCUACCAAAUCGACGCUGCUCCCGCGACAGCAGCUACCAAAUGGGCGCUGCUCUCAGGACAGCAGCUACCAAAUAAGUACUGCUCUCGCGACAGCAGCUACCAAAUCGACGCUGCUCUCGCGACAGCAGCUACCAAAUGGGCGCAGCUCUCGCGAUAGCAGCUACCAAAUGGGCGCUGCUCUCGCGACAGCAGCUACCAAAUGGGCGCAGCUCUCGCGACAGCAGCUACCAAAUGGGCGCAGCUCUCGCGACAGCAGCAACCAAAUCGAAUUUGCUCUCACGACAGCAGCUACCAAAUCGACGCUGCUCUCGCGACAGCAGCUACCAAAUCGACGCUGCUCUCGCGACAGCAACUACCAAAUCGACGCUGCUCUCGCGAUAGCAGCUACCAAAUGGGCGCUGCUCUCACGACAGCCGCUACCAAAUAAGCACUGCUCUCACGACAGCAGCUACCAAAUGGGCGCAGCUCUCGCGAUAGCAGCUACCAAAUGGGCGCUGCUCUCACGACAGCAGCUACCAAAUAAGCACUGCUCUCACGACAGCAGCUACCAAAUAAGCACUGCUCUCGCGACAGCAGCUACCAAAUGGGCGCUGCUCUCACGACAGCAGCUACCAAAUAAGCACUGCUCUCGCGACAGCAGCUACCAAAUCGACGCUGCUCUCGCGACAGCAGCUACCGAAUGGGCGCAGCUCUCGCGACAGCAGCUACCAAAUCGACGCUGCUCUCGCGACAGCAGCUACCAAAUGGGCGCAGCUCUCGCGACAGCAGCAACCAAAUGGGCGCUGCUCUCACGACAGCAGCUACCAAAUAAGCACUGCUCUCACGACAGCAGCUACCAAAUCGACGCUGCUCUCACGACAGCAGCUACCAAAUCGACGCUGCUCUCACGACAGCAGCUACCAAAUGGGCGCUGCUCUCGCGACAGCAGCUACCAAAUGGGCGCAGCUCUCGCGACAGCAGCUACCAAAUGGGCGCUGCUCUCGCGACAGCAGCUACCAAAUCGACGCUGCUCUCGCGACAGCAGCUACCAAAUCGACGCUUUCCGGAGAUAG